AUGGAGUACGAGGUGAUGUGGGGCGACGGCCCGUUGGGCCUGACGCUCCGCCCCGACUUGGGAGAGGACAUGCCGCCUGUAGUGGGCCGCAUCACACGCCAGGACUCUGCUGCUGCGCUAGCUAAAGUGGCAGUGGGUCACAUGCUAGUGAGCAUCAACGGCAUGGACACGGCCCGCCAGGGCUACGACCACGUGGUUGAGACGCUGCAGAAGAUCCCACGCCCGGCAACGCUGCGAUUCCGCGUCCCGCGCGCCAUGUCAGGAGCACCGAGCGCUUAUCGCGACGCGUCGCGUAGUUCCUCGCGCCGCAGCCGUGGCUCCACAGGCACCACAUGGUCCGAGUCCGGCAAGUCCCCUUCGAACGCAAGUAGUACUUCGCGCAGACGCGAACAGUACACAGUGGUGUGGACGGAGGGCCCCUUGGGAAUGAUCCUCCGCCCCGAUGACGACGAUUGUCACGUGCCGUGCAUCCGUAAGAUCACAGGUAAAGGCGCAGGCACAGGCAUGGAGCGAGCUACCGUGGGGGACAUCCUAGUAGCAGUGAAUGGCCAGGAGACCAAGUCGCUGGGAUUCCGCAGUACGAUCUCGCUGCUGAAGACGAUUCGCAAGCCGGCGGUGCUCAAAUUUAAGCGUAUGGGACGACGCAUCUCGCGUAAGAGAUCGUCGCAGGAAUCGCCUGGAGGAAGUCGUAGUGUGAGUGGUAUUCCGAGUGAUAUUGGAUCGUAUGACAUCGUGUGGCGCGAAGGUGACCUUGGUCUCAAGCUAAAGCCAGGAUACCGCGAUGUACCGGUUCUCAGUAAGCUCACAGGAAAGGGUAAUGCGAGUGGUCUGCAAAACGCUCAGGUGGGCGAUGAACUCGUUUCAGUUAACGGUACGGCAGUGGAAGGUGAAGCGUAUCAGGACACUCUUCGUAUGCUUAAGCACUCGCCGAAGCCGGCGGUGCUGCGGUUCCGUCCGGGCAAAAACCGGCGCGAGUCGAUGAUGUCGGUAGUGUCUGUGACGUCGGUACGUUCGAACCCUAGUACGCAGCGAGAAGUGAGUAGCGUAUCGGGUCGUCAGCAUGUGCCGCUGUACGACCAAAAUGCUGCUCCUCCUGAGCCCGUAGGACCACCGCCACCAGUCAGAGCAUCACGGAGUGACCGAGAGCGUUCCGACCGCGAUCGACCUGAUCGUGAGCGGCAAAAGCGGAAGAAACGCAUUCCGCUGGAUGUGGCUCGUGAACUGGUGGCAGCGUCGCAAGGAUCCGACUUGGACCACGCCAUUUUCGCUGGUAUUCCCAUUACUGCUAUCGAGGAAGGCUCAAAGGAGGCGCAUUUGCUGCGUGUUCAGGCCAAGCUUUGCAUUUCGAACCAGGCGAAGGCUGAUCGCAACACUCCAGCGAAGGAGGCGUUGUCGCGUGCGGAGCAGGAAGCAAAGGUCCUCCAGGAGGCAUUGGAAAAGGUGAAGAACCAGGCUAAAAAGUAUGAAGAGAUCCUCGAAGCACAGUCGCGCGAGCGUGUUCUGGCGUUGGCGGUACGGCACAAGCCUGAAGAGGUCGUGAAGCGCCAGAACAAUGUGAUUCACGAGCUGGCUGGUGUGAUUUCGGGAUUCAAGCGCGACUCGUACAGCGAGAUGGAUAUCGUGCCGCCCGUGAUUGAGGAUAAUGAUCACGUGCAAAAGAUUAUGGACGACUUGCAGAACGUAAUGAGCAUCCCAGUGGUUGUUCCUACUGCGAAAUUCUGUGCCGAGUGUGGUGCCACCGAGAACGAGUCGAAGCUGGACAUGGAUGAUGAUGGCGAAUAUUACUGUAAGGACUGCUGGGACAAGUUCCUUAACAUUUCGGGGUCUUCGGCUGGUGCACCAACCGCUGAUUCUCCAGCGCCAGUGGUGAAGCCCGAGGCACCAGCUCCCGCUGCUGUAGAGGAACCGAUAUCGAUUGUCCCGCCAUCUUCACCUGCACCUGCUGCAGCGGAGAUAGAAGAGGAUGCUCCGUCUGCUGAUGCGUCUGCGCGUUCGAUGAGCCGUAUGGCCAUCGACAACCGUGAGGCAGAAGAGCAGAAGGCGCGAAUGGAAGCAGAGCGCAAACUGAUGGAAAUUAAGGAGCUUCGUCGCUCAGGAUCAAUGAUGCCCGAGAGGCCGCAUAAGAGCAGCUCGGACCGCUCUCGUCGCGAGCGUCGUGGUCUGGAAGAGCUUGCUCAGGCGCUGCUGGAAGAAGAAGAGCGUGCUCGCGCGGAAGGUAACGUUGGUUUGGCGAAGAAGCUGAGCGCACAACGUGCGCGUACCAUGGCUGAGGCGGUUGGCGAGAACCCACAGUUAGGCACGACACCGUUUUCAUCGACAAACAAUUUACUGGCCAACAACGAUACAGAGAUCAAGAACGGAUAUGCCAGCCCUACCAAAUCCAAGUCACCAUCGUUCGUUGUUGACACGCCCUUGUCGUUGAGUCGCUCAAUUAGCGCGGACUCGACCUUGCCCCCUCCUGUACCGGUGUCGGUGUCGCCGGCUACUUCGCCGGAGCCGAUGCCGUCUCCUGUUGCUGACCACCACCACGAAGUUGCAGCAGCAGCCGCAGCAGUCGGCGUAACUUCAGCAGUCACGGCGGCGGUUGUUGCAAUGGAUGCCCCUGGCUCACCAACUACGACCGCAGAGGCAACAGCAUCUUCAUCUGGAGGCAACGACUACGCUGACGUGAACUCGGAUGAGGAAGCUGAAGACCAGAUGCAUAUGAGCGACGAGGAAGAUGUUCUACGAGAGGUGGAGGAGAAGAACUUUGCGCUGGCGCGGCAGUUGGACGAGGCUCACAGCGUCAUCGAGCGUGCGCGUAUGUCUAUUAGCAUGUCCGGGGACGAUGACGAAGAUGAGGCCAACGACGGCUUGAGCGAGGAGCAGAUUAGUUUAUUUAAGAAACUAACGAGUCAGGCGGAGGAGCGCAUGUCCAUGGUGGACCGCCUGCACCCGCAGGACGACUCGGACUCGGAUUCGGACUCGGACUCAGGGGAAGAGGAGGAGGAGGAGGAAGACGAAGGCGUGUGGAUUUAA